UUAUACUUGUUUCAUAUAAAGUAACGACAAUGUUGACGAGAUGGUUGACAAAUAAUUUUCGUUUUGCGUAUAAUUGCAAUGCUGGAUAUAAUGUAUAUUCACCUAUAUUUAUGCAAACACGAGAAUAUGCUGCUAGGAAAGGAACAAGAGAAAAAGCUAGGAAGAAGAAAGUUAAAAAAGUGAUUGAAAAAGUAGGAUUUGAUGCAAAGACAUGGAGUAAAAAAGAAGUGAAGAAAUCAGUUUCUCCACUUGGUACAAUAGAUGACAGUUGGAGGCACAAAGCAACUGAUGAUGUAUGGGUAAUAAAGUAUCAUCAAAGGCCAAUUUUUUCUUUCAAAGAAGCUAUACAAUGUCAUCGGGAAACACAUCAUCCAACUAUGUUCAAUAAAUCUAAUGCAUCUGUUAAUGUAUUUAUAGAAUUGGAUAUGAAGCGUGAGAAGAAAAAUAAAUUUGUUGAGAAAUUUUCAAAAGUUAUUGAUACACCACAUACAUUUAAACAUGAAGAGGCACCAAAUAAAAUAUUAGUUUUCUGUAAAAAUUUGGAAGAACAAGAAAAGGCUAGAAAUGCUGGAGCUGAUUUUGUUGGUGGUAUUGAACUAAUAAAACAAAUUCAAAAUGGAGCCUUUGUGUUUAAAGAGUAUGAUUAUAUUCUAUCUCAUGCAAACAUCUUAACCGAUUUAUUAUUAAUUCGAGGUUUGUUGAAAAGGAAAUUUCCAAAUAUGAAAACAGGUACUUUGGGUAAUGACAUGACUAAACUUGUUCUAAAAUUUAGAGAUGGAAUUGAAUAUACUGCAAUACCUCAUGAUAUUCACAAAGACUAUGGUACAAUUACUACAACUUUUGGCUUGCUUGACAUGGAUUUAAAACAGCUAGAAGAAAACUUUGAUGCUCUUCUUAAUAACAUUAACAAAAUGAGGCCGAAACGUGAAGAGCUCUUUAUUCAAAGAGUUCAGGUUAGGUGUCCACCUUCACCAGAAUCUUUGAAAGUUAAUUUUAAAGAUUACCUUUUAACGAAUGUUAAAGAAGAAGUAAAAGAACAGGAAGAAGAUAACACAGCAAUUAUCUCUACCCAUUAA